GCACUGGAUACUGAUGAAAUCCAAUUUAAGAAUAAGGUUAUAGGAGAAAAUGACAUUACACUCCACUGUGUUGAUCAGAUUUAUGGAGGUUGGUGGAAUCGGUUCUGCUGACAAUGGCCAGUCCAUUUUGGUCUUGUGCUUUUUCCGGAGAAAUGAAGAACCCUGACAGUUCUCGUAGAGCCAGGGCCCCUGCUGACAGUUACUUAGAAGUGUUUGAUGAGAAAAAAAAAACUCUCUUUGGACAACUGAAGAAAUACCCUGAGAAACUCAUCAUCCACUGCAAAGACCUCCGGGUGUUCCACUUUUGUCUGAGGUACACAAAAGAAGAGGAAGUCAAAAGGAUUGUCAGUGGCAUAAUUCAUCAUACCCUGGCUCCUAAACUGCUUAAACGAUUGUUUCUGUUUUCCUACGCAACUGCUGUACAAAACCACACAGCCACCGAUCCCAAGAACCACACCGUAAUGUUUGACACACUUGAGGACUGGUGCUGGGAAUUAGAGCGGACCAAAGGCAGCAUGAAGUACAAAGCCGUGAGUGUCAACGAAGGCUACAAGGUCUGCGAAAGGUUGCCAGCAUACUUUGUUGUCCCCACUCCUCUUUCUGAAGAGAAUGUGUCACGCUUUCAGGGUCACGGCAUACCAAUAUGGUGUUGGUCCUGCCACAAUGGAUGUGCCCUUUUGAAAAUGUCGGCACUGCCCAAAGAACAGGAUGAUGGCAUUUUACAAAUCCAAAAGAGCUUCUUGGAUGGAAUUUACAGGAUCAUCCACAGGCCACCUUAUGAAAUUGUCAAAACUGAAGACCUGUCAAGCAACUUCCUGUCCCUGCAGGACAUCCAGACUGCAUACUGUAAAUUUAAACAGCUGUUUCUGAUAGAUAACAGUACCGAAUUUUGGGACACAGAUAUAAAAUGGUUUUCUCUGUUGGAAAGUAGCAGCUGGCUUGACAUAAUCAGACGUUGCCUGAAAAAAGCAAUAGAGAUUAUAGAAUGUCUAGAAGCACAAAACAUGAACGUUCUUCUUUUAGAGGAGAACGCUUCCGACCUCUGCUGCCUCGUUUCCUCUCUGGUGCAAGUGAUGAUGGACCCGCACUGCAGAACCAGGGCUGGUUUCCAGAGCCUCGUCCAGAAGGAGUGGAUCAUGGGUGGUCACUGCUUCCUGGAUCGCUGUAACCAUCUGCGUCAGAGUGACAAGGAGGAGGUGCCUGUGUUCCUGCUUUUCUUAGAUUGUGUCUGGCAGCUGGUACACCAGUAUCCCCCAGCAUUUGAAUUCACGGAGACUUACCUGACUGUUCUGUCCGAUAGCCUGUACAUACCUAUUUUUAGCACCUUCUUCUUCAAUUCGCCUCAUCAGAAAGAUACUAACAUGGGGAGGGAAAGCCCAGAUACACAAAGCAAACCUUUGAAUCUGCUCACCGUGUGGGAUUGGUCUGUGCAGUUUGAACCCAAAGCCCAGACGCUGCUCAAAAACCCUCUUUAUGUGGAAAAGCCAAAACUGGACAAAGGCCAGCGGAAAGGAAUGCGUUGCAAACAUCAACGACACCUUUCUUUGCCACUCACCCAAUCUAAGUCAUCUCCCAAAAGAGGAUUUUUCAGGGAAGAAACAGAUCACUUAAUUAAAAAUCUUCUGGGCAAGAGAAUUAGCAAACUAAUUAAUUCUUCUGAUGAGCUGCAAGACAACUUCCGAGAGUUCUAUGAAGGCUGGCACAGCAAACCCACUGACUACCACGGCCUGUUGUUGCCUCACGUUGAGGGGCCAGAAAUCAAAGUCUGGGCCCAGCGUUACUUGCGUUGGAUUCCAGAAGCCCAAAUCCUGGGUGGUGGCACCGUGGCCACCAUGAGCAAACUCUUGGAAAUGAUGGAGGAAGUACAGAGCUUACAAGAGAAAAUCGAGGAGAGACACCACCGCCAGGAGGCCCUCCAGGCAGAGGCGCCCUCCCUGCUGAGGAACUCUGCCCGCCUGUCCUCUUUGUUUCCUUUCGCGUUGCUGCAGCGACAUUCCUCCAAGCCGGUCUUGCCCAUCAGUGGUUGGAAAGCUUUGGGAGAUGAAGAAGAUCUGGCCAAACGAGAAGAUGAGUUUGUGGAUCUGGGAGAUGUGUGACUUUUCCGGUGAUUGUGAACAAGGAAGUUUUCAGAUUGGGACAGGAGGCAAACACACUGACCUCUGGACUGGUGUGUCACGCUGAAGCUUUCCGCUGGGAGGGAGGGCCAUUAACCAGUGCUCUGUAGGAGGAAACCUGGGCCUUCAGGAAAAGAGCUGGUUCUCAUUUAUUUUUCCCCAAGGCCCUAAAAGACUAUGCAAUUAAAACCAUAUCUCUAGUAUUAUUAAUUGAAAGGAAUUACUACUUGACCCGUCAUGGAAUUGCCACUGUUAUCUGAUGCAUAAGUAUUAUACAGAACCUGCAGUAGCUGGUUUACUACUACAAAGGGCUUUGGUAAGAUAUGCUCGGACUCGAUCCUUUCUUCAGGUCCUUUCUAUGCCAAGAUCAUUGAUCCAGUUGGGAAUAGUCGGUGUCUCCCUAACCCAUCUCAGUUCGGGCAAGUUCAGCUUUAUGUGACGCGUGUGUGGCAAAUUGAAAGAUGCAGAUAGAGGUAGUAAGAUGUAUGGCAUUCAUUUAAACAAACCACGGCAUUUUUUCCUGUCUGCAUCCUCUUGCCGGUAGAAAACCUGGAGAAAUUCCACCCGUGUCACCCCUCCUGACGUUUCAGACCAUCCUCCCUCCUGCACAGAUGGGUCACUCUGGGGGGGUGCCGGGCUAGCCAGCCACACCGCCCUUCCUCGUGUGCUGUAACCUCCAGGUCUCCGCCGGCUCCGUACCAGUCACCAGUGUCUCCCCACGCCAUCCGUCUCGUGCACACAGUCCCAGGAUCCUGCUGCUAAACCUGUUGGUUAAACUGGGGGGCUCUCUUUGGUCUGCCCAUAGGAGCUUCCGUUCUUCUGGAGGCUCUCCGUGUCUGCAAGGAAUUGCUUUGCCUUUUUCUAGUAGCGAGCCAAGGCCUAGAAGCGUCUGUGACCCGGGUCCCCUGCUGCGGCCCCUGGAAACCCUCAGAGGGUUUCCCUGCUUUCUCUGUCACCUGACACACUGGUGAACAUCACUUUUGAAUGUGGCUUUCACAGGGAAUCAGGCAUAAAUGUCAGAAUUGGUGGUUAUCAUACAGUACCUCAGAGAUUUAAAAAGCCAUAAAAGAAGAAACUUGACUAUGCCUGGUAACCUUGGUCUGCUGUCUAAAUGAUCUAUAUUUUUAAAUGCAGGAAAAGUAUACUUCUUAAGGACCAGUUUUUUCAUUCUCAGUGGAACCCUGUCAAAUCCCACAAAGGAAAGGGGGAGAAAAAAAUCUAAUGUUAGAAUGUUUCAAAUCAAAUGUUUGCCUUUUAUAUACAUUUGUUCUCCACUCUAGAGCCCAAUUUGACAAUUACAUGUUUAGGAAAACUUUCAGUUGCUCAAGGGCGAUAAGAAACUUUGAAACUGUUGACAAAGUUUUCUUAGUUUGCACUGAAUCUCCUACGUACGAGAAAUUGCUUUGCACGGGAAAUUGCUGUGCGGUUCUCUCAUUCCAUGUUGACACGAGCCAGCUUGGUCUCUCUGAGGGGAGGGCAGCACUCAUGCUUUGGGGGCCAGACACAUGUCCAGCCUCGGUUGCCUUAAGAGUCUCACUAGCGAGGUCAGUGUUAGGCUUGCAAUAGGGAUUUUUUAAAAAUACACUAGUUCACUAGCUACCUUCACAUACGUUCUGUGGGUUUUCUUCAACUAGCACUAACCUCCACUUACUUCUCUGCCCAUUGCCUCCCACGUACACUAUGGAGCUAUUUUUGUUACCAUAUUAUAUCAUGAAUAUUUAUACAAUAGCCUUUUCAGUCUUAGGAUCUUAGUAAUGUUCAUUCCAGAAAUGCCCGGUGUGAUGCUUUACACUCCAUAAAGUAUGGUUUAAAGGCACAAGGUCUAAAGGUCAUGGCCCUUGUCAUAGCAGUUGAAUGUGCAUUGAAAUAUUUUUCUAUAGUUUAAAAAAAAAAAUCACCGUAGAAAAAUAAGCUGUUAUAACAUGGAAGGUCAUGACAAUUUAUGUAUUUAUAUUUGAAAUCAGAUUUCUAUAAACUUGUAUUUGUGUACAGAAUUCUCCGUGGGUUUAUAUAUUGUGACUUUUUUAUUCAAGAUUGAAAUGUGGAUUAUGCUUAACGGUAAAAGCUGAAAUGAGACCAUUUACUUUAAAAUGCUGCACUGUGCAAGUUUGGAAAUGUACAUUAAUUUACUGUAUAUAAUAUCGAGUUUGUUUAUACCUCCAAGUUUUUACACUGAAGAUAAAUUAGCUUUAAUUACAUUCAAAACUUUUUUUUUUUUAAGGGAAUAAGCUGUUGGGCUAAAUCUGUAUAAGUGUGCUUUUUAUUUUCUGGAUGUACAAUGGAAGUUUAUACUUGUAUCUCACUGCAUCAUAUCUGAUCGCAGAAAUUAAAGCACAAUU